AUGUGCGCCGUGCCACGGAUCUCGAGUCUGAACGUUGACGGGUACUUUGACUUCCGUCGCGUCGAGGACGCGGCAGUCGAGAUCGCGGCGGCUGUUAAAGGGCCUGCACCUGGCCAAGGGGUAUCGUUCCGGCACUACUCCAGCGGCGUCAGGGUGCCGCCCGCGGCGUUCCGAGGGUACAUGGAGAAGACGUACGGGGACGCGUUCGCGUAG